CGGGGCUGGUGGAACUCCAAAAUGGCUGCCGCGGGGAGCGGCGGUUAGAACGGGUUCCAGUCGCUUGGGGGCGUUGGGGGGCUCGAGGGCAAGAGGUUACGCGCCCCAGCUCCCACCUUGGGUCCUUCGCCUGCACCCAGUCUAACCUGGCACCUAAAGAUUUCACUCUAUCUUCAGCCCCUCACCAUUGUCUCAGAGUUUAAGCCUUAACGGAUGAAGGAAAAAGAUUAUUUGUGAAAAGAAAUUAUCUAACACUUCUCAUCUAUCUAACUGGAGUUUCACUAGCUGGAGUUUUUCUGGUUGGUGUAUUACUUUAUUCAGUGAUAAUAUGAAAAUUACUAUCUUCACUGAAGGAUCUACUGAAUAAUCAUUUUAACUCAACUAUAUUGCAUUCUUGGAAGCAAUCCUUUCAAUUGAUCUACUGACUUCACAAUGUCUGAAAUCAGAUUCACCAAUCUCACUUGGGAUCAAGUUAUAACACUGGAUCAAGUGUUAGAUGAAGUAAUUCCAAUUCAUGGAAAGGGGAAUUUCCCCACAAUGGAGGUAAAACCAAAAGACAUCAUUCAUGUUGUGAAAGAUCAACUCAUAGGGCAAGGAAUUAUUGUUAAAGAUGCCAGAUUGAAUGGUUCCAUAGCAAGUUACGUACUUGCAAGCCAUAAUGGAAUCAGCUAUAAGGAUCUGGACAUUAUUUUUGGUGUUGAGCUUCCAAGUAACGAAGAAUUUCAGGUUGUUAAGGAUGCAGUUCUAGGCUGUCUACUUGACUUUUUACCAAAAGAUGUAAAGAAGGAAAAGCUCUCCCCAGAUACCAUGAAAGACGCUUACGUACAGAAAUUGGUCAGGGUUUGCAAUGGGCAUGAUUGUUGGAGUCUUAUCUCCCUUUCAAAUAACGCUGGGAAGAAUUUAGAACUAAAAUUUGUGAGUUCACUCAGACGGCAGUUUGAAUUUAGUGUAGAUUCCUUUCAAAUUGUUUUGGAUCCCAUGUUAGACUUCUACAGUGACAAAAAUGCCAAGCUAACCAAAGAAUCCUAUCCUGUUGUGGUAGCUGAAAGCAUGUAUGGAGACUUCCAGGAAGCAAUGACACAUUUGCAACACAAGCUCAUAUGUACCAGGAAACCUGAAGAGAUUAGAGGUGGUGGCCUUCUGAAGUACUGCAGCUUGCUGGUUCAUGGCUUCAAGCCAGCCUGUAUGUCAGAAAUCAAAAACCUAGAACGUUAUAUGUGCUCUAGAUUCUUUAUUGAUUUUCCUCAUAUAGAAGAACAGCAAAAGAAAAUUGAAUCAUACCUCCACAACCAUUUCAUAGGUGAAGGAAUGACCAAGUAUGACUACCUUAUGACCUUGCAUGGAGUUGUGAAUGAAAGCACCGUUUGCCUCAUGAGUUAUGAAAGAAGACAGAUUCUCCACCUGAUCAACAUGAUGGCUUUGAAAGUACUUGCAGAACUAAAUAUUCUACCCAAUACACAAAAGGUAACUUGCUUUUAUCAGCCUGCUCCGUACUUUGCAGCUGAGGCAGGGUACCCUAUUUAUGUAAUACCUGAGCCACCCCCUGUUAGCUUCCAGCCAUACCACCCACUGCACUUUCGUGGAUCAAAUGGUAUGAGUUAAAAAAUACACAUGCAACCAUGGAAACUUUGAUUUAAUUAAACACCAUUUAAAAGCAAGUUUCCAAAUGUAAAAUUCAAGAUCUUUUUUUAUUUUUGUACAGUUACCAAUUAUUUUCAAUUACAGUUGAUGGAAUAGUAGUUACCAACUAUUUUUGGUCAAUUAAGCCAUCAUAGUAAAUACAAUAUCUAUAAACCAACCACUUUAAAUGUUUUUCAAACGUUAUUGACUAGCUAUAAUAACUUUCAAAUGUUGUGUUCCCCUUGAAAUGAUUUUCAAAUCUUUUGACUACUUGUGACUUUCAAAUUUACUGUGACAAAUAUAUUAGAGAUGCCUGCAUCUUUGACUAUAACAUAAAAGGACAGAUUCAUGUUUUAAAAUUAAGAUGUACAGUGAAGUAUCAAAUUUUUUAUAUUCAGUCCGUUCCUUUGUUACAUUUAGUUCUUUUUUUCUAUUGAACAAUACCAUCAAUAAAUUUUCAGUACUUAACAGAAAUGCCUAAUUUCAAAAGCAACAGAUUCAGAAGACAUUAAAACCCUGGACUUUUCAAGCAUUUUUUUUGACAAUUAAAUUGGGUUGGAUACAAAAAUCCUACUAUAGUUUAAAGGAAUACUGGAAAAAAAUGGUUCUGGAAAGCCCUGGACAUUAGUAAUUUGUCAUCUAUAUAAUAAAACAUUUAGUUAAUUUGUGGAUUUGAAUAACAAUACCAUACAGCUGUGCAACUACUACUGAGAUCAGAUACAGGGUUUUUUGCCCCUCAAAAUAAGUUAAAACGAAUGAAAAUGACCAGCUCUGAAUGUGAAAGCUUUCUAUCAUCAUCUACUACAAAGAGACUCUAAAUGGCAAACAGGAAAAAACAGGCAGAGGUUUAUAGCCAUAGCAUUUACCAUUUUAUGGCUUAUUUGAAAAACAUCUUUAUGUUGAGAAACAUUCCAUUUCAGUAAGUUAAAAUAUUUUAAUUGUAACUAAAUGAAGCAGGUUUUUCAUUUUGCCUUUACCAAAGAUCAUUUUCUAACAUGCCACUCAAGUGCCUCUUCGUGUGAAUUUUUGCAUAACACUAUAAUUUAGUCAACAACUGUGUACCUUUACAGUAUAUCUAAAUAUAUACUUACUACAUCGAGUAUACUGCUAGAAAAAUCUACCAGUGGGAUUAAAAAUGUAUUUUCUUCCCAUAAUGAAAAUAAUUCAUGACCAAUAUUACCUGAAGUGUCAGAAGAGGAGCUGUCUUAAAUUAAUAUGGAUCAGGCCAUUGGAAAACUUCAGUAUUUCCACUUGGUUAUGAUUUUUUGUGAGUUUCCAUUUCAGUUUUUAUUGACCAUCACGUUUUCUAUCACAACAUGACCUGACAGUUGUAUCCCGAUAAUUUGCCAGUUAUAGACUGUGCUUAUCUUCACUGUAUUACAAUAUUGGACAGAAGUACACCAAAUAUGGCAUUUUCAAAUAACCAAUAUUUCCGAGAUGUUUUAUACCACAGCACAAGUGGCCAUCAGUAUAUUUUUAAAGAAUUAUGUAUCACAGAACCCUGAGGCUUUAAAACACUAUGGACUUACCACUUUCUUGACAAAGAAUUUGUAAUUACAAUAAAAUAUUUAGAAAUGAAAGGACUGUGAUUGUGAUGUCAUGGGUAUAGAUUCAGUAGGUUCAAUAUUUUCCAGAGUGGUAUUUGACACUGAAUAGCAGAAUUCUGAAGCUAUUUGGAAAUAUCUCAUACCCCAUGUGCUCCCAUAGCUUUCUUUGAUCCCAUUGAGAAUUUAAACUCCUUCUUUCCUAAAAAGCAAAUUAUUUAUGGUAUUCUCCUAAAGCUUUAAGUCCUGAUGGAAGAAUGGCCUGAAAGCUAGGUAUGUUCUCCUAACAUUUUAAGCAUGUAUUUCCCUUGUAACAGCAAAGCUCUCAGAACUGCUAUCUAUGAUUUUCUCAAGAGAAAGAAUUUAAACCUCUUGAAUGGGGAUGGUAUCACUGAAGAAAAAGCUGUAGCUUUAUUUCUCAUGGCUUGCUUUCUAUAGAUACCGUUACCAAGCUAGUACUUUGCUCCCAACCAACCAGAAAAAUAUCAGUCUUCAACAGUGUAUGAAUAUCUCUCCAGGAUUAGGCUAGUUCCCUUGAGAAGGAGUAUUAUUUCAUUCUGCUGAUUAGGGUAGUAAAUGGAAAAGUUUUUCUAUAAAUUAAUGAAUGCUAGCCUCUUUGCCAAAAGGAGUUAAUAGAAGUUAUUUUUUUAAAAACCCUACUCUAAAGCAUAUGACAUCCCAUUACCAAAGAGAAACAGUAUUAUCUUUGCCUGUUUAAUAUGUAGCCAUUUUAUUUUGUACAAACGCAGUACUGAGUCUUGGUUUAGGAAGUUUUUUUUUUUUUCAGGAACCUAACCAAAACCAAAAAAGAAAGCAAUUUUUAAUAUAAUUCUAACAUUCAUAUCUGUGAGACAAAUUUUGUCAGCUACAGAUACAUAUUUUUUAAACCAGAAUAUUCUUGUAUUUCAAAAAUAUCCACACAUUAUUAUCAAACUUCUACAAGUAGGGUAUUUAUAACUUUUAAAGUUUUAUAUAUUCUUCUAAUAGUGACUCAUGCCCAAUUUAGCUGAACAGAAUUGAAAGAGAAGGAUUAACUACUUGAUUUAAUUUAGAGAAAAGCCAGCUAAAUUCAAGACAAAAAUAUCAGAGCUAGAAAUGUCAACUUCCCCUCAAAACUGGGAAAGCCUUCUGUGCCCAAAUUCCAUCUUCUUACAUCAGCAAAGAUCUAUUAAAAUACAUUCAAAUUAGAGAGUUUAACAUUUGUCUUUAAAGUCACAGUUUAGUUAUGCAUUGAUAAAAAUAAGAUGAAAAAUGCCUCAGAUACAAUUAAAAAUCCUUUUUAUUCAGUGCAUCUAUUACCUGGAAGUAGUCGUUCAACUUUAAAAAUAUGGGAAGUUAAAGCAUAUAAUUGAGAACAUUGUUGAAGUUUUAAAGUUUCCAAUACUUUUCAAAAUUACAUUGAUUUAAGAGCGCAUAUGUCUCACUCAUUGAAGAUUUUCAGAAAUAUAAUUUACAUUGUAAAUUAACAUUAAAACAGGAUUGGGAGAUAUGUAGAACUACAAUUUGGUAAAUAUUUUCAUGACGACCACGUUGAUAAGGCAUCAAACCCAACAUUUUAACCUAAUCUGGGAUUUAUUUCCUUUACCAUUGUAAAAUAAAAUGCAUUUAACAUUUUGUUUUUAGUUGUGCUCUCUAUUUGGUGGUUAUAUUCUGUAAGUUAUAAUGUUAAAAUUUAUGUAAUAAGCAUUUGGAAAUUUUAUUGCUGACCCACUGCUCCAUUUAAUGAAUAUUUCUUCAGCACAUAUUGAAAGUAGCAAAUCUGUUGGGAUUUCAGUGUUUUGCUCUUAAAUCCUUCAUUAAGGAAACAGUUUUUCUUGAAUUUUACAAGUUUUAACAGAAAACAUAUUAUUUAGCAUAUAUGCUAUUUUGAAGCCAAUUCAGCAUGUAACUCGUGAUCUUUGAGCGUAACACAUAAUUUCUUUUGCUUUUUUAUGGGGGAGUGUAAGGUGAUUUUUUCACAAUUUUCAUGUUUAAGGCAGUGCUACAUGGAUGUAUUUGUUUUAAACAACAACAAAAACACACUUUUUGUCUAUAUGUAACUCUUGAAAGAGCAAAAGAUAGACAAUAGAUGAACAGCUGAAUUUUAUGUGCAUGUGUUUUUUAUGGCCCGUCAAAUAAACCAAACCUCCCUGUCCUAGAAAGAUAGUAUCAUAUAGAUAUACAUUUUAGUAGCUCAGAGCAAAAUAAUUAGUCCCUGUAAAUGCAUAAAAUGACCUUUCUAAGAAAGAAAUGUCUUCAGAGGGCCCUCUUUGAAAAAAUUUUUCUUCUUAAUUUCCAAAUUAAAAUUGAUGAGUCGAAUAACCCAACCCAAGUAAUGUCAUGGUAAUUUUUUUGAUAAUUCACUUGUUAUAUAUUUUAGAUGGUAGAAUUUGAACCAUUCUCUAAAAUGCUAAUAGGUAGUCCACCUUAUGUUAUGAAUAGACAUGGUUCAGUCACACCUGGUCCUUUGGCUCAACUAGAGAACCCAGAAACAUGGGAUUGAAUUCUUGUUUUAGUAUUUGUAUAACUCCAAUAUCAGUGGGGGAGGUUGCUCUUCAUGAAAAUGACGGUAGAAGUAGUAUGAGCGUUCACACUAAUAUUCUAUUCAGUAAUUUCACUUUUAUUAUAGGAGGACAACAUAAAUAAAAUUUGUCUAUAUAGCAGGUGGCUUUAAUCCCAAAAGGAAAAAUAAUACAGGCGUUGUCAUAUUUUUAACUUGUAAAAUCAGAGUUAAAAAGCACAUUCUUCUAUUAUGUGUAGUACUCACUUCCAAUAUUUUUAAAAUAAAAAUUGAUAUUAGAUAGCCAUUACAUGUAUGUGUUUUAAAAGUUAUUAUAAAUGUUCACUUCUCCCGAGUAAAAUUAAAGAUUCAACACAAACAUAUGUUUGCAGAUAUUUGAACAAACAGAAUUGUAAAUAAUUUUCUCUAAGCUUCACAUGUAACCUUUUUGAACGCAAAAGAUUUCUACAUAAAUUAUUUUCUUUAUGGUUUUGGGAGUUUUGUAAGGUAGUUUUGGACAUUGAGAGUUAAAUGCCUUAAAAAACCAAUGGUUGUUAAGGCAGUGAACUUCAGAUAACUAUUGUCUUAUCGAAAGAUUUGCCGUCAGGUAAAAUGCAUUUAAUAAUGUCAGCAAGUAAAAAGUGUAAAUUUUAGCAGUUUUAAGGUUAAAAAUUGACUUCCUUUAAAAGCACCUAAAUACAUAUUUCAAGUGAAAGGCAUUAUAUUCUUCUAGAUAAAUAAUAUGUGUACCAAAACAGAAACCAUGCCAGGAAAGUUAUCUGAUUUCAAAAUGUAGAGGACUAUAUUCAAUAUGCUGUGAAUAGAUUUCUAUGAAAUUCAGCAACUAUUUACUAAGUUAGGGAAAGUACCUCUAUAGAAGAGAUAUAUAAAUUCUGGUAAUCCUGACAGUUUCCAAAAAGGGAGCAUGUAUUCCAUUUUCCUGAGGACCAAGUUUUUAAUUCCUCCCAUUUUGCUUCCUCAUUUUCUUCAUUUAUUGAAAUGAUACCUCUUUAUGCUCACAAUGAUAAGAUGCAAAAAAUGACAUCUGGGGGAAAUUUGUUACUGUUUAUAUUACCAAAAGACAAAAUGACACUAUGCCAAGUUUAAUUACUAGUGAGGGAGAGUCUAGAAAUGUCAUGAUUAUUAGUCAGGUAGAAUUGUGUUUGUGGAUGGUCCCGUUCUAGAAGAGAAAGCUUUCAUGUGUGCAUUAUAGAGAGUCCAAUUUUAGGAGUUCUAAUAUUUCAAGAUUUCCCUUAACUACAUAUACUAACAAGACUUUAAUUCAGAAGCCAUGAUUCUAGAGAUAAAAAUUCACUUCUCAGUUCUUGCAAAACCCAGGAGUUCUAGGCAGCUAAAUGUGAAGAAAUGACUUAAUUGGCUUACUGUAUCAUUUAGAGCUCAGACUGGUAUAAAUUAUAAAAUACCUUUCUUUAGUAAGAAGUGUCAAAAUUAUUUUAAGCAUCAUUACGUGAUACUGUGUAAUUCCUGGGAAUUUUUAAAAGAUAAGUUGCAUUUCAGUUUAGAUUUGAAUAUAUAAAAAUUAUAAGUAAAAUCAUUUAAACUUUUAAGAAAUGAAAGCCACGUCAAUUUAGAUUUCAUACAUAAAAUUAUGUCAAAUCAUACAAACUUACACAUUUUAAAUUCCUAUAGAUUUUAAAUUCCUAUAGACUUAAUGGUACAUUAUGAUGUAAAACUUUUCCUAGAUGAUUCACCUUCAUAAAUUAUAAUGCAGUAUCAUAUUUACUGAAUAAAGUUCAGUAUAUUUUAUGUAUUUUAUUCAAAAAGAUUAAAUAUUUUUUAAUAAAGAUUGGAAAUAACCCAAUGGAUUAUCUGCAUUUUCCAGAUCUCAACUCAUUGUAAUUGGACGAUAUUGUUAUAUGAAUAUGUUUUCAAUUUGCCUUUAAGUUCUUUUGACACAGUUUAGUUGUUCAAUUUAUAGAUGGCUGACGCUAAAACUAUAAGUUGACAUGGCAAACUCUGAUUUGAUCUUUAAAUAAAAAUGUUCCAGUAUUUUUAAAACAAAUCCCGUAUGUCUCUGGAAACCACAUUCACUUUAUAUCCAUACACUACCACUAGACUAAAUAGAAAAGUAUCAUUCUCUUGGCAGUAGUCUCUGUUUAGAUUGAGUGAAAUCAGUGUUAGUAACUUUUCCUUCUAGUUUGAAAUAAGCAACUACAACUUUUUUUUAGGAAAUUUUUAUUGUGGAUAUGUUUAAACAUGCACAAAAAUACAGAAUGAGCCUUCUCCUGUACCCAUGCGUCAGCUCAGGUUGUUGAUAUUUGCCAGUUCUGUUUUACGUAUCCCAGCUCUUAUACACACACUCAUUUGCAUGCUUUUUUUCCCCUCUGAGGUAUUUUAAAGUAAACUUCAGACAUUAUGUAAUUUCACCGUAAAUUUACCAGCCAUAUAUCUCCAACUGAUAAAGUUUAAAAGAAAAAUAAGCACUUUACCAUUAUCACACCAAAGAAAAUUAUGAAUACCUUUAUAUCACCUUAUACCUCAAUUAAUGUUCGGAUUUCCCCAAAAGGUUUCAGGAAUGUAAUUUUACCAUUGAGUUUGCACAAAUAAAGAUCCAGCAAGGGCCACACAUUGCCUUUGGUUUAUGUGUCUUUCAGUCUUCUUUCAAUCUUGUCAGUAGUUUUGUUGCCCUGACUCCGCCAUUUCUGUUGUGCCAUUUGUUUUGGGAGGAGACUGACCGUCUGCUCUGUAGAGCUCCGCAGUUCUGAAUCUUUUUGCAUCCUCUUGGUGCGCCCUAAUACAACAUUUUUUGAAGUUCUUCUGGGCAUAGAGUUAAUGUCUCAACCUACAAAACAGAGAAUUAAGAAGAAUUAAGACACUUAUCCAGAUAAUUCACAUCAGUAACAUGUCACUGUGUAAUAAACAAUGCAACAAAUACCUAAGUUAUUUAUGAUCCAAACCAUUGAAUAACUGUGUUCUCCCAUAUGAAGCAGACCAAAAAUAACUAUUACAUAUGGCACAAGUCCUACAAUACUGUUUCACGAUGUGUAAAACAAUUCAUCUGAUAAAGAAUAAAGUGAGAAGAAGAUCUGACUUCAAAUCUAAACACACAAAUUGGAUCCGUAGGUAUAUAUCUUAAAGAUAUGUCUGAAGUUUCAGUUAAUUCAAAUUCAAUUGUUUAGCAUUAAAUAAAAUAUUAGUGAAAGGAAUUAUAGUCACUGAGUGGGAAAUGAAACAGAAACAUCUAAAUGUAUUUACCCAGAACCCAGUGAAAUUGCUGACACCAUUUCCUACACUAUUAAAUUAAGAAGAAGUACAGUUUAAGUAAUUCAACUUUUUAGGACAAUUGUGAAUAUAAAUAUAGAUUUAUAAAAAUUUUGGACACCUUUUUAGCCUUCUAGUUUAUAUCACCAGUUCUAGUUUUUUAGUGCAAAAGUAUUUAAGUGUUCUGAAAAACUUACUGUGUUUCUGUAAAUGAAUAUUUUGAGCAGUAUUUCAGUAGUGGGGCAUCUAAGACAUGACUGAAAUUUCCAAUGGUGAGUUAAAUGUCAAUCUUUGCUUUCAUGUUGACUAUAUGUUUGUUAAAUAAGAACAGUUUCUUACCAUGUUGUUAUUCAUUACAUAGUUCUGAAAUGUGUAGCUGCUAUUUUGGAAAAUGUAUUUUACUGUUAACAAAAAAAUUAUUGUUAUAUGAGCAGUGUGGGCUCUUUUUGGUGAAAAUUAUUUUUAAAUAGAUUAUAAUAACUAAUAAGUAUAACUGUACUCUUUAUUGUUUAUCUAAUAGUUUUUAUACCUGUUUUUUCUUGUGCUUUUGUACACUAUAAGGAAAAAACACUGUAGAAACUCUGUUACUAGAUUAAAAUGAUUUUUAAAAUAAAAUCACUGGGAAACAUACAGCAAUGUGCCA